CGGCCGAUUCUUAACAAGAAGAGGCGACGUGGAAAUCUUCCAAAGGAAGUAACAGAGCUGCUUAAACGUUGGUUAAUUUUGCAUAAAAGUUAUCCAUAUCCUACAGAAAGAGAAAAGCAACAGCUUGCGGACCAGACAGGAUUAAUGGUGAGUCAAAUUAGUAACUGGUUUAUUAAUGCUCGUCGACGCAUUUUGCAGCCUUUACUU